AUGACCACUCCGUCUCAGGCUGUACUCGGGAAUUUCCAAACUAUACCAUACAACCCCAAAAAUCCCAGGCGGUGUGUGACGCCUUCAGAACGUCAAUCGCACCGCUUGCAGCCAUACGGUCGCGCUUGCAGCAUGAGCGAGGUGACACUGUACUCAGACUCCUCAAUGGCAUCAGGAAGCUUUGUAUCAUUGGAUACCGGCAAGAAAAAGGCAAAAAAGCUGGCUCUGAAUGAUCUGCUCCCAAAUGAGCGUUCAGCCGUGAAAUGGGCGUGUAAGCGCCUGUUGAUGGAUUUCUUAACCAUGCUUGUGUGGCCGCAAAACGAACCAGAUGAAGAUAAGAGCGCCUAUGUUAAUGAGAUAGUCGGUGAAGCCAAUGCGUUAUUUGGGACCAAUCUAGUGUUGACAAAGGAUCUCAUCUGUCUGAUCAAUCACGCCAUCACACAAUUCCGUUCCGGUCUUAUAGAUCUUGUUGAUCAGUUUGCAAGCGAGUUUAUGCUCGAACCCCCGGGUACGAUGUCCAAAGAUCAACCCCUAGCCUACGUGGCGAAUCGCAGAAUAGCGCUCCUCGAUUCGUCCGAGGAGAAUCGAUGGCGAUAUUUUUUACAUGGUAAGGUGUUCAACAAGGACUCCAACUGUGACAAGUUGCUCGUGUUUAGGAACGAGACUUUGGAAAAAAUCCAUUUGCUUCAUUUUUACGCAAGCGCUUAUACGCCACUUCGCGAUGAGAAAUUCCUGAUGGAGCUCAACACAACAACACCCCAUAUGUUCUCACAUGUUGCAGUUGGAGCGGAGUGCGGUAUCGAUAAGGUUGUAGAAGAAGCUUUCGGGAGAAAUGUGCGGUUCCUCGGUGAACGAUAUGCCCCACAACAACUCUCCUACUUCAACGCCGUCGAGCAUGCCUUACAGCUUCCAAUCCACAAGGAGACUUUACUGGCACAGUUCAUAGACCUUCAUAACAGAGGCCUUCAGGUCUUGAAAGCCAAAUCGGGCUUGUUGCCUCUGGAAAGGCUUAUUUACGUGCCUGACACAAUGGAGCAAUUAUUUAGACCGCAUCAAGCACUGGCAGGUGCUACUAGUAGUGAUGGUAGCGUGCUGUACCCACAAUCAUCGUCUGUCAGCGCAGUGCCACAGAUGCCUGUCCAGGAGGGGCUGCUGUACCUGCAGUACAUGACAGGUGACCUCUCAACUGGAUCUUCCAUGGUUGUACGUUCUCAGGCUAAUGCAGGUCCUGUCUGCCAUGACACCGAAUGCUACGAGCCAGAGAAUCAAGGUACUGCCGACAACACGUUGUGGCCUGCGGGAUAUUCAUUUUUUUGA